AUGGCACACAAUGUGGUAGACUCGGCAUUGAAUAAGUUCAUCGCCGCGACUGACCGUGUCAGUCACUUUGCGUCGCGACUUAACAAUGCUUCUACUGACAGCGCGUCCCUGUACACGUGCCAGGUCCGGAGGGACCAGAUGCGUGCCUUGUGGGACAAGGUCGAGAAGGAGUACGAGGCUUGCUCCUGCGUCAUGUCGGAUGAAAUGACGACAGACGAGUUGCCUACCAUUCAGGCAAAAUAUGAUUACUGCUAUAUUCUCUAUGAGCAGUGGUCCGCUCAGCUAAGUGAGCAAAUAGCUGAUGCCUCCCAGGCCAUCACUCCCCGUACACCCGUACAACCCCAAGCCGUGCCGUUCGUGUCCACAGGGUGUCGCCUACCUCCGUGCGACACCGAAGUUUUCGGAGGCGAUUACACUCGCUGGCCCACCUUCCGAGACUUAUUCACGGCUAUCUACAUCCGAAAUCCUAGACUAACGGUAUCGCACCCUAGAAGCGAUAGCGGAAGUGUCAGCCAGCACGAGCGCUCCGACGGUUCCACGGGCCUCACCUCGGGCUCUGAUCGACUCGGAUCAGAAGCCACCUUCCUCUCAGAGAAGUUGUUCAAGCGCUUGAGGAUGCCGUAUACAUCCGUGCAAGCCCGCGUUUCUGGGCUGACACAAGCUGUGGCAGCCCAGCCCCGAAAGUUUUGCCAAUUCUUAAUUGGCUCCCCGGUCAGACCCGAUUUGCAGAUCGAGGCGUCGGCCAUCCAGCUGGCAGACCCCAAAUUCUAUGAGAGUUCGCAGAUUGAUGUGCUACUAGGCGCUGACAUCCUCCCGUCCAUUCUGCUCGGCGGCUCUCACCCUAACUUUUGUGGGACCCUCCUCGGUCAAGAGACCAUUUUCGGUUGGAUCCUGACUGGCCCUGUGUCGGGAUCCAUUUCAAAAUCCAUUUCGUCCUUUUCAGCUCGACUGUCCGUCGAGCGAACUCCGCCAUUGGAGGAACUCCUCUCCAAAUUUUGGGAGGUGGAGGACCUGCCGGCUAGCCCAGCAAAAGAAUCUGACCUUUUUUGUGAGGCUAACUUCAACGCCACGACCGUGCGAACCUCAACGGGUCGCUACAUGGUCACGCUCCCAUUCCGCGAUCCUGGUCACGUUGACCUGGGUCACUCGAGGGCUAUCGCUCUCGCUCAGUUCCUGAGAAACGAGAGCCGUUUAAAGAGGAACGACUCUCUGAAGGAACAAUAUGACUCCGUUAUUCAAGAGUAUCUGGAUUUGGGUCACAUGACUCAAGUCCCCCCAUCCAGUUCCGGCAACUACUAUUUGCCGCACCACGCUGUUCUCAAGCCCGACAGCACCACCACAAAGCUCCGCGUUGUAUUCAACGCCUCCAGCCCGACUUCAAACGGGAAGAGUCUGAACGACAUCCUCCACACUGGGCCAAUCCUUCAAUCCGACCUGACCAUUCAAAUCCUGAAAUGGAGGUUUUUCAAGUUCGUCUUCAACGCUGACAUCACCAAGAUGUAUCGGCAAAUCCUUGUGGAUCCCAACCACACCCGGUUUCAAAGGUUGCUCUUCCGUACUCCAGACGAGAAGUUAUGCGACUUUGAACUCAACACAGUCACCUUUGGAGUGAACUGUGCUCCGUACCUGGCUAUCCGCGUUCUGCAUCAGCUUGCGAGUGAUGUUCGCGACCGGUACCCCCUUGCUAGUGACAUCAUCGCCAAUUAUAUGUACGUUGAUGACGUCCUAGCAGGAGCUCACACUAAGCAGGCUGCGGUGUCUGCUAUAGAUGAGCUUCGAACAGCGCUCGAGAGUGCUGGGUUCCCUUUGCGUAAGUGGACCUCGAACUCGAAAGAUGUGCUGAGAAGAAUCCCUAAGGAUCACUUGCUCUGUGCAGACUUCCUCGAGAUCGACGAAGCUAGUGUCGCAAAGACGCUAGGCAUUCGUUGGCGGGCCACGUCCGACGAGUUCUUUUCGUCACCGCCGAGAUGGUGUCCAAACCAUUUUUCAGUAAGAGAAGUGCUGUCGCAGAUCGCCAAGUUGUUCGAUCCUGCAGGUUGGCUUGCUCCUGUGGUCAUUUGGGCCAAGAUUUUUAUGCAAGAAAUCUGGAAGCAAGAAAUCGGCUGGGACGACUCCUUACCGGCGGAUCUCACAGAGCAGUGGAUCAGUUUUCUGCGGAACUAUUCGUCCUUGCAGGACAUCCGCAUUCCUAGAUGGACCAACUACGCUCCCGGCGCAAAAAUCCAAUUCCACGGGUUUUGCGACGCCUCUCAAAGCGCGUAUGGAGCCGCUCUUUACGCACGUGUGGAAACAGAUUCCACUAUCGUUCUGGCAUGGUUGGACAAGCAGCCAUGCAAGUGGACCACUUUCGUGGCGAACCGAGUGGCCAAGAUUCACUCGGUGAAUGGCACUUGGCAGCAUGUUCGUUCCGAACACAAUCCAGCCGACCUGGCAAGCCGCGGUGUCUCGCCGCAAGAGCUACUGGGCAGUCGCCUUUGGUGGCAGGGGCCCGAAUGGCUGACGCACUCACGAGCGCAGUGGCCUUCACCGGUCAUUGGGCUCGAUACUGAAUUGGAGUGUCGAGCGGUGAAGGUCCAUGCAGCGCAAGUCCUAUGUGAGGACUUCCUCGACCGUUUCUCCAGGUUCGAUCGAGCGCUCCGAGUGUUUGCGUAUGUGCGAAGGUUUGCCCAGCGUUGCCGCCAACCCAAGGUCUCGUUUCCAGAGACGCUCAGCUCUCAAGAGCUUGCAGAAGCUCAAGAGAGGCUGAUUGUACAGGCUCAGAAUCGGGUAUACGCGAAAGAGUGUGCUUCCCUCCGGUCCCAUAAUCGUCUAAUCGGGUCAAGCGAUAUCCUAAGCUUGAAUCCGUUCCUUGACAAGCAAGGUGUCCUGCGUUCGUGUGGACGCGUAAGAGCGUCCACCUCCUUAUCCUACGACGAACGGCAUCCAAUAAUUCUCCCGUUCGGCUGCAUGUUCUCACGCCUCCUGGUUUCCUUCACGCAUCAAGUCUCCCUCCAUGGAGGCAACCAAUUGGUGAUGCGGCUGGUCCGAACCAAGUUCUGGAUUCCCAAGCUAAGGAACUUGGUGAAGACAGUGAUUAGUGCAUGCAAGACCUGUGUGAUUCAUCGCCGCAAGCUCCAGUCGCAGUUGAUGGACUUCGCCGGUCCCUUCGACGUCAAGAGCUACGUCGGACGGGGCUGCAAGAUUACGAAGGGUUACGUAUGUGUCUUCGUGUGCUUCAGCACGAAGGCAAUCCAUCUUGAGGCGACCACGGAUCUGACAGCGGAAAAGUUCUUGGAAGCUUUCUCCCGAUUCGUGGCACGGCGCGGGUGCCCUCUCCACAUGUACUCUGACAACGGGAAAACGUUCGUCGGAGCCUCCUCCAUUCUCUCCAAAGAAUUUGUGGAGAGCACCCGCAACCUGAUUGUCACCACUCACAGCCAUCAAGGUCUUGCAUGGCAUUUCAACCCACCUGGUGCCCCUCACAUGGGGGGUCUCUGGGAAGCGGGCGUCAAGAGCUUCAAGACGCAUUUCUACAAGACGGUUUCCUCCGUAAAACAUACGUUCGAGGAGCUUUCCACCCUCCUAUCUAAAAUUGAAGCGUGCCUCAAUUCGCGGCCUUUGACUCCUAUGUCAGAGGAUGUGAGCGACUUGGCGGCACUUACUCCCGGUCAUUUCCUGAUCGGGGGUCCGCUACUCUCCAUGGCGGAGCCAGAGUCCAGAGAGGAUGUGGAGUCCAUCCGCAACCGCUGGCAACGGCUCAAGGCUCUCCAUCAGCAUUUCUGUGUGCGAUGGAAGAACGAAUAUCUGAAGGAAUUGCAUAAGCGGAAUAAGUGGCAGUCACCUUCACGCGAUCUCCAAAUCGGUGACAUGGUGGUCAUCAGAGAGGAGAAUAUACCGCCACAAGAAUGGCGCCUCGGGCGUGUGCUGACCGCUUGCCCAGGCGCUGAUGAAAGGGUCCGUGUGGUUGACAUCCAGACGUGUCGUGGUGUUUUCCGCCGACCAGUUGCAAAGCUGGUCCUCCUUCCUACGGGACACGCGCUCUGA